AUGGACGAGGACGAUGCGGCGCCUCCCACUGGUUGCUGGAUCCGGCUACCGCGACUGGGCGGCGGAUGCAUGUCCUCGGGCUCCAAGGUCGACUCCUCCACCAGCGGCGCCUGCGCCAACGGCGGCGGGGACUCUGUAGUGGUUGAAGCAGGAGUACCUCAGCUUCUGAUGUUUUACUCAGAAGCAAGGAUUCACAUAUUUCUGUGGCACUACCUUUGUCAAAUUUCAAUUAUAUCAGGCAUUGAUCUCCUAAUGGUUAAUGUCUACUGUGCAGAGAGCAAAAAGGUAAAUCGUAGUUGUUGGGAUCAAUCAGCUCCACCAGCCGCAUCUGGUUCGACAACAUCCAGCAACACUGGAAGCAUCUCGCCUUCUUCCAUAGUUGGAGAAGAACUUAAACUAGCAGCCCAACUGCGUAGAUUUACGUUCAAUGAACUUAAGUGCGCCACCAGAAACUUUCGACCUGAGAGUCUUCUUGGUGAGGGAGGUUUUGGUUGUGUCUUUAAAGGUUGGAUUGAAGAGAAUGGAACUGCUCCGAUGAAACCUGGCACAGGAUUAACUGUUGCUGUCAAGACACUCAACCAUGAUGGGCUUCAGGGGCAUAAGGAGUGGGUGGCAGAAGUUGAUUUCCUUGGAAACCUUCAACAUCCACACCUAGUGAAAUUGGUUGGUUACUGCAUUGAAGAUGACCAACGGUUGCUAGCAUACGAAUUUAUGCCCCGCGGAAGUUUGGAGAAUCAUCUUUUCAGGAGGUCAUUUCCGCUCCCAUGGGCUAUCAGAAUGAAAAUUGCACUUGGUGCUGCAAAAGGCCUUGCAUUUCUUCACGAAGAAGCUGAAAGGCCAGUGAUAUAUCGGGAUUUCAAAACUUCAAAUAUUCUUUUGGAUGCGGAAUACAAUGCAAAACUCUCUGAUUUUGGACUUGCGAAAGAUGGCCCUGAGGGUGAUAAGACACAUGUCUCUACUCGGGUCAUGGGAACAUAUGGAUAUGCAGCUCCUGAGUAUGUUAUGACAGGUCACCUGACAUCAAAGAGCGAUGUAUACAGUUUUGGAGUGGUGCUACUAGAGAUGAUGUCGGGCAGAAGGUCAAUGGACAAGAACAGGCCAAACGGGGAGCACAAUCUGGUUGAAUGGGCACGCCCUUAUCUUGGAGAAAGAAGGCGAUUCUAUAGGCUCGUAGAUCCCCGUCUAGAGGGAAAUUUCUCCAUAAAAGGCGCUCAGAAGACGGCUCAGCUGGCACAUGCUUGCCUUAGCCGGGAUCCCAAGGCUAGGCCUCUCAUGAGCCAAGUGGUGGAAGUUCUCAAGCCUCUUCCAAACCUGAAAGACAUGGCUAGCUCCUCCUACUUCUUCCAGUCCAUGCGCCAAGAGCGUGCCGCAAGCCUUGGCAACCCAAAUGGUAGCCAAAGCAUGAAGGCACAGAGCACCUUUGCACGGAACGGAGUGCAGCCAAUGAGGAGCCUCUCGUAUGGUCCGCACGCUUCUCCGUACCGCCAGUCUCCAAGGCCCAACGGCAAACAGCCCUAA